AUGGCAAAGCUGUCUUGGCCUCCCACGUCGCGCGCUUGCCUCCGCACUCUUCGACCAUGUGCUGCCCGUCGUUUCGCGUCUCUUCCGCGGAAACAACUCGCCCACCCGCGCCCCGGCAUUCUGAACGACCCAUUCCUGCCGCAGCCAACAGGACCGCUGCCACUCACAUAUUUCUCCCCGGCAAAGGUCUCCAAGAGCGUGACUGGACUUGGUGGAAGCCCGCAGCAGAAUGACCAUCAGCCUCCAGACGAGCGAGUACUGAAAUUAGGAAAAACCCUACGAACGCUCUCGCCACUUCUCCCGACCAUACUGUACAACAAUCUCCCGCCAGAAAUCCUAUCACCCAAUGUCAAUCUCCACCUCUUUCCCUCAACACAUCCACACCUCCCCACUGUGAAAGGGCGCAGGCUAUACCGCGCAGCCUUGUGGACUGUUCCCGUCGCUUGGAGCAGUAUACCCUUAGUUGGGAAUGUUCGGCUCCAGAUCCAGAGUGAACGGAUUGUACGGGCAGGCACUGUACUAGAACCGGACCAUUGUGGGGACAACGACUGCGGUGAUGAACGGCUGGUUGUUCGUUGGAAGACAGAAGCCAGGACAGAGAGCCGGCCAUUCCAUGAAAGCUCGCAAGAAAGCUCUUCUCCAGCUCAGAUACCAGGGGAAAGCAGUCCAGCCUCAAAUGGCGCAGAGACGUCAGCGCCGGCCAAGCAAAACGCAUCCACAGAUCCGGAAGCCAGCCAAUCUUCCCUCUCAUCAUCUACAAACGGAACCAACCGAGGGCUCAGCAAGCUUCUUGGUGGCGACGAGCCUAUCUUCAAGCUCUCUCAUGAAGAGCAAUUCACCGGCCUUUUCAUUUUUUCCUUCGAUGAAGAGGGCCGUAUUCUCACCCACACAAUCGAGCAUACGGAUGAAGCGGACGGCUGGGACCGAACAGCAAAAUUCGUUACCCUCACAGACUGGUUGAUUGGCAAAGCGCGAGGCUCGUUGGAUCCGGUCCCCAAACCUCAGCUGAUGAUGGAGCAUUGUCACCAUGGGACGCCAGAUGAGGCCAGGCGUCGGAAGGGCUCCUGA